UAGGUGCUAGGGUGGUAUUAUGGAUUCCCGACAAAUUUUGAAGAUUGGUGAAAUCUGUCAGAUGUUUGAAAAAUUACUAAUAGACCCUACGAAGUGAACUGAAAGUGCAAGUAAGAUGGUGUGAAUCGCGUAUAUACGGACGGCAACACCAGGAGAAGAAUGCCUACAUUUUUAACGCCGAAUCGCCAUGGGUAUUCGGUUCGUUUUUCUCCAUUCCAUCCUGAAAGAAUAGUAUGUGCAACAUCACAGUACUAUGGAUUGGCUGGUGGAGGAACACUGUUUCUCCUGGAGCUGACACCUGAUGGUGGCCUUGUGGAAGUGUCAAGUGUCACAUGGCCAGAUGGACUAUUUGAUGUUGUGUGGAGUGAAACUGAUGCCAACAUUGCUGUCAGUGCAAGUGGGGAUGGAGUCCUGCAGCUGUGGAAUGUCGCUUGCCCACAGCUACCUCCGCAGACUUUCAGGGAGCACAAGAAAGAGGUAUACUCUGUGGACUGGAGUCAAACACGGCAAGAGCAGUUCAUCCUUUCUGCUUCGUGGGACUGCAGUGUGAAACUGUGGGAUCCAAACCGUUCAAACUCUCUGGCAACAUUCUUGGGACACUCCCAACUAGUUUACAAUGCUAUGUGGUCUCCACAUGUUCCUUCAUGCUUCGCCUCUGUCUCAGGUGAUGGAACACUGCGAAUAUGGAACUCGCAUAUGCCACAACGUGCUACGAUGACAUUACGAGCACAUGAUGCUGAGGUGCUUAGUUGUGAUUGGUGCAAGUACGACCAAAAUAUUCUAGCCACAGGUGGUUCAGAUGGCCUCAUCCGGGGGUGGGAUCUCCGUAGUUUCUCAAUGCCAAUCUUUGAACAGAAGGGAUGCGAAUUUGCAGUUAGAAGGGUGAAGUUCUCUCCACAUCAUCUCUCAGUAUUAGCAUCUGUUGCGUAUGAUUUCACUACAAGGAUUUGGGACUUCAAAGUGUCAUCAGAAGCGGUGGAGACAGUAAAGCAUCACUCAGAGUUCGUGUAUGGUUUGGACUUCAAUAGCCAUGUGGUAGGACAGAUUGCUGACUGUGGAUGGGACUCACUCGUUCAUGUUUUCAACCCUCGUUCUCUCAGUACCGUGCCAUCCAUUCCUAUAAAGUGAAUCAUUCCAGUUUUCUUCGUGGUUUUCCUCCUCCUAGAAUUUGUUUGUCAGUGCAUCAUCUGGUACAUAGAUCCCUGCCUCAUAUUUAAGUGGAAAUAAUGUAAUCAUUAAUGAAAUUAUGAAGUAGGGAUGAUGGAAUUUGAUGCCAAAGAAGGUGACCACUCACCUACAAUAAUGAAGUUCUGAGCCAUGAAUGUGAUCCACACAUUAGAGUAUGGGUAGAUCUAUUUUGUUUGAGUCUGCAGAAUUACACAUGAGCUGUAAUAGUAGCUGGUAAUGACCAACAACUAUGUGCUUAUACACCACUGUCUUAAAAACAUUCAAGCUACUUUACUUAUUAUGGUAUUGUUUUGCUUGCUAAUGAAGUAGUGAUACAGCUUUUGAGCAUAUGUUUUGGAAACUUAACACUCAUAAGCUAGAUUCACUGCAGUGGCUUUGAAUAAAGCACUCAGAAACUUUAAGACAAGUUAUGUAAGCUUUUCAUGCCAAGAUCUUUGGUGAAUGACUUGACAUGUGUAUUCCUCCAGAUAAAAGUUAUAGUACCUGUAGCCUUUUUAAAUAAAUUCACCAGCAGAAAUAGUUUGUGGAGACAAGGAGAUUUCUAUGAGCUGCCUUAAUUAUAAUGCAAAAACUAAAUUGUUUUCUUUGCAACUGUGUACAUCACUGUUCAUUUUCAUCUUAAAAUUUGAACAUUUAUUGUAGUCUGAGCACAGUGCACACAAGAUUUUAGACUGUUUCAAACUGUGUAAUAAUAAAAUAACCAUCAGUCUAAUGUUUAAUAUUUUUCCUUACUCAUUUUGUUUAAGUUUACAAACCUUCAAAGUCACAUACAUAUUUGUAUUUAUUUGUAUUUACUCGUUGCUGGUCAUUCUCUCUAAAUACCAGUGAUAUGUCACACAAGUUAAAUUUUUUGGGAUUCAUAUCUCUAUUUUAGUCGUUGUAACUGUGUUAACCAUGACUUAAUUGUUUAAAACAAUAAAAUAAUACUAGUGAUCACUUUAUUCUUAUUCAGUUCUUUUUAUUACUCUUUGUACAUGUGGUCAUAUCUAUUCAUGACUAUAGAUUUUUUACUUCAUACUGAAGAAGGGAGUGGUUUUUUUUAAUAAAAAGAAAAGAAAGUAAAAAGUCAACUACUGUAUUGAUUACUACUAAUAGAUUCAGGUUUCCAUGUUUAUCAAAUCUCCUAAUUAAUAAGUACAUUGUACAGUUUUCUGUCGUGUAUUUAUUCAAAGUGAACAGCAUGGUGGCAUCAAUUUUUGUACUUAUUCAGUGAGACACUUUUCUCCUUUAAGUGUUAUAAUAUGCAAAUGGGAAGAUGUCAGUGUCAUGUGAUUGAAGAUGUAUGUAUAUCAACAUAACUUCUGAAGUUUUCCAAUAUUUAAUUGCACAAGAAACAGAUUAAAUUUUACUUUUACCUACAAUAUUUCUGUAACUUAAUUUAUAAAUCUAUCUGCCAUUUACCAGUGCAAUAUAAAUGUUAGCCCCACCUUAAAGACACAAGAGUAAUAGUGUGAUGUAGCAUUUCACUAAAUUAAUGCUGGAAUUGUUUUGCAUCUCUGGAUCUUGAGUAUGUUUAAUAGACCACUUCUUAUUUAAUAGAUGUUAUCUCAUAAAUGGUUUUAGGAUUUUUAUGGCACUUGACAGGACUUUCACCACUGUUGAAGCUGAGUGUAAGCAAAAACUUAUCUUGGUUAUCUGUGUUAAUGAAGCUGUACAGCCUUUUCAUAACUGGAGAGGCUGGUUCAAUCAACAUGUAACACAAAGACAAGGGCAUCUCCUUUAUAACAGUAUCUAGUAGAGCAUUAUGAAACAAGGCUGUCUUCAUAUUUUACAGCUGGAUAAUUUUAGUUAAAUAUUUGGCCAUACUAUUUUUAAAAUAAUUAUUACAAAAAUGUGGACAACUUCAGUAUGAUUAAUAACAGAAAAGCCUUGCAUGCAAAAGAAUCAGAAUCUUAGGUUUGCGAUGAAAGCAUUGAGCCUUAAGAUUGUGAGACGAUUGCUUUUUUUUGGGGGGGGGGGGGGG